AUGCUGAUCCUGUCGCGCUGCAUAUCACGCAGAAUCUCCUACCUCCUGCGCACUACACCGGCGGACACUCUCCCCAUCCGGGAAUGGCGGGGGUGGAGCGAGAGGCUGUUGUGGACAGCACUGAGGGCGGCCCACAUCAAUGUACCCUCCAGGGAGCUAGAACAAAGCCUGGUGUGGAGGCAGGCGACGCUACCGAUCGCGCUGGGCGGUGUGGGGCUGAUAGACCCAUUGUUAGAGGCACCGGCGGCAUACCUGGCGUCACUAAGGGCAGCACAGAUGCUGCUGCAGCAAAUGCCGCCCUCGCCAAACCACCAGCUUUCGCAAGUGGCGUCGCUGGUGUCACCGCUUGGGGAGGGAGUGGCAGGAAGGGAAGGGGAAGCAAUACGGGACCUGCGGAACAGACUCCCCGAGGAGGCGCGGGAGCUGCUAGGGGAGCCGGAGAGAGAGAGAGAGAGAGAGAGAGAGAGAGAGAGAGAGAGAGAGAGAGAGAGAGAGAGAGAGAGAGAGAGAGAGAGCGAGAGAGAGCGAGAGAGAGAGAGAGAGAGGGAGAAAGAAAGAGAGAAAGAGAAAGAACGAGAUACAACAUGGUGGGCACGCAUGUCCAUGAUUCUACGCACCAGCCCCCAUGAACUACGAGUAAGAGAGAGCAUGAAAGAGAGAGGGAGAGGGAGAGAGCAAGAGAGAGAGAGAGAGAGAGAGAGAGAGAGAGAGAGAGAGAGAGAGGGAGAGAGAGGGAGAGAGAGAGAGAGAGAGAAAGAAAGAGAGAGAGAACGAGAGAGAAUAAGAGAAACACAAUGGACAAGUGUGUCCAUGGCCAUAGGCAUCAUCUCCCAUGCACUAAGGGCAGGCACAACCACAUCCUACCGAGCUCAUUCUUGA